AUGACCACGGGACAUCUAGGAACGUUGGUGAAAAUGAUCAAAGAUGUGAUUCCUGUCGUUACGAGCGGGAUGUUCCUGGUCACCCUCACGUCGUGUGCAGUGUUUGGUCUCCACUCCUACUUGGACUUCUCUGAAGCGAGUCUCAGCGUUGGGGCGAAUGUUUUUGUUAAAGGACAUGUGCACGCACUCUUCACGUACUCUUUCUACCACAGAACCCUCUCUCAGCUGCUCUUAAGCAUCUGCACCAUGCUGUUCCUCAGUGGUAGCUUGGAGAAAGGAUUUGGCACUGUUCGCUUCCUGAUUGUGUGCAUUGUGUUGUCCACCAUCACAGGUUUAUUAUAUGCCUUCGUGGAUCUCCUGCAGGAGACAAACGGGCCCACAGAGGGGUUGGUACCUUUAGCUCUUGCUUGUGUGACCCUCACCACCACGCACACAAAAAUGACCAAAGGAUUUCUCUGUGGGGUCAGUUUCCCUACCAUGGCACUCCCAUGGGCGUUUGUCCUCAUCACUACCAUCUUCGUUCCUCAUACCGUGCUCCCCUGCAGCAUAAUCUCCAUUUUGGUCGGAUGGACGCACGGGAGAGGCUGGUUCUCCUUAGUGGACGUCUCAGAAGCAAGGGCAGGACUAGUGGAGAAGACCCUUCCAUUCCGCCUGCUGAGGAGUAUCGGCAUGGUGUUGUUUGUCCCUGCUUCCACAGAGAACAGGAGAAAAACACUCCUCCCUCAAAUAAACCCAACACCUGGGUCCUACCCAGUGCAAGCAUAUGCGCCAGCACCAAGCGCCAACAUGGUGGUUAGUGGUUCAGCUAAGAUGUAUGAAGGUUGGUUGAACCACACUGCAGUGUCUGGACCUGCAGGCUUAUCUAAUCCUCAUGUUUUAGGACCAGGCGUUGGUGGGACAAGUCAUGGACACAACUGCACACACAGCCAUCAUGCUCACAAUCAUGGACAUCUAUAG